AAAACAGGAGGAGCUCUGACAUCACUGUAGUUCAGUGAGAGACUCACAGAAAGUGAAACUAACUUGAUUAGAAACCAUAUGGACUCCGAUCAAAAUCGUCAAACAGCAGAAAACUGAAUCUUGUGGACACAUCUGAUACUCACAGCAUUUCUCACUCAAUCAGUUCUCUGUCUGAUUGAACACUGGGACAACAGCCAGACCUGCAGCUGUCCAUACUGUAAAGAAACAUUCAAGCAAAGACCUGAUCUCAAGAUUAAUACCACACUCCGAGAGCUUGUAGAUCACUAUAAAAAUAAAACUCCUGAAAAAAAUGCCUGAAGUUCUGUGUGACAUCUGUGAGGAAAGAAAGCUGAAAGCCCUGAAGUCGUGUCUGGUGUGUCAGAGCUCUUACUGUGAAACUCACCUGGAGCCUCAUUUGAGAGUGAAAGGUUUGAAGAAACACAAACUGAUGGAUCCUGUGAUUAAUCUGGAGGACUAUAUAUGUCAGAAACAUGAGAGUCCUCUGGAGCUGUUCUGUAGAGAUGAUCAGACGUCUGUGUGUGUGAUCUGCUCUGUGAAAGACCACAAGAACCACAACACUGUUCCUAUUCAAGAGAAAAGUGAAGAGAAGAAGACUGAGCUGAUGAAGACACAUGAAGACAUGCAGCUGAUGAUCCAGGACAGAAUCAAGAAGAUUCAAGACAUCAAACACUCAGCAGAAGUCAGAAAAAGAAACAGUGAGAAGGAGAAAGCAGCUCAUGUCGAGCUCUUCACUGAUCUCAUCCGCUCCAUUGAGAGAUGUCAGACUGAACUGCUGGAGAUGAUGGAGGAGCAGCAGAAAGCAGCAGAGAAACAGGAGCAAGAGCUGAUUGAAGAGCUGGAGCAGGAGAUCACUGAGCUAAAGAUGAGAAACACUGAGCUGGAGCAGCUCUCACACACUGAAGAUCACCUCCACUUCCUACAGAUUCACUCAUCCCUGUGCAGCUCUACAAACACCAGGAACUGGCCUGAGAUCAGUAUGAAGACUCAUGAGAGUCUGGAGACUCUGAGGAGAGCUCUGACUCAACUGAAGGACACUAUAGAUGAGAAACUUACACAAACUGUCUCUACAGAGCUGAAGUGGAUGCAGCAGUAUGCAGUGGAUGUGACUCUGGAUCCUGAUACAGCUCAUCCUGAUCUCAUCCUUUCUGAUGAUGGAAAACAAGUGAGUGAUGGAGACAUCGAUCAGAAACUCCCAGAUAAACCAGAGAGAUUUGAUAAAUGUGUAAAUGUUUUGGCAAAGGAGGGAUUCUCCUCAGGGAAAUUUUAUUUUGAGGUGCAGGUGAAAGGAAAGACUGAAUGGGAUUUAGGAGUUGCCAGAGAAUCCAUUAACAGGAAGGGAGACAUCACAGUGAGUCCCAGUAAUGGACAAUGGACUGUGUGGCUGAGGAAUGGAAACGAAUAUGAGGCUCUCUCUAGUCCUUCUGUCUCUCUGUCUCUGAGAGUGAAGCCGCAGCGGGUCGGUGUGUUUGUGGAUUAUGAGGAGGGUCUGGUCUCCUUUUAUGAUGCAGAGUCCAGCUCUCAUAUCUACUCUUUCACUGCUCAGUCUUUCACUGAAAAACUCUAUCCAUUAUUUAGUCCAUCCUUAAACGAUGGAGGUAAAAACUCAAGCCCGCUGAUCAUCACAACUGUUAAUUAUAAUAAAUGAAUGUACAUUCUUAAU